CCUGCCGAGAAUUCAUCGUAUUUACGAAUUUGCUGCGAGUGCGUCGCCUAUUAAUCUUGAUAUCGCGAUAUUCUUCGCAAGGUGUAGGGACAGAAUCGAGAAUCGACCAGACCGAUUUCUUGAUGAGAAAAGAGCCAAAUGCAGAGCGGAGAUCCACGUGAAUAGUAUCUACAUUUUCGUCGAGUGGACAUAAGAUGUGGAAAUGAUCACGCAAUAACCGAUUGCGUGAUUGUGCGUCAGUAAUAAAAUUUGCAAAUUGUCCAUGCAAAAGAGGAGAUAAAUGAAUUGUCACAAUAGGAGUCACGUACAAUAUUUCGCUGACUUGAGACUCAUAUUCUAGCAGUUACGUAAGGAACAAAGGAUUAUUUGUGAUUCCUUUCUAUCUGGAGGAAAUGUAUUUAUGCGAGAAGUAAUUAUAAUUAAAAGAUCAUUAAGAUAAUAUAUCGAUGCGUAAUGCAAUAAUAAGGCGCCGAUUGUAAACGAAGCAGUGGCUUCCGAAGACAUUUUUAUUAUCUAUCGAACUGCUCGAACCGCGAUAACGUCGCGCACGCCGCCGACUGACAGGUCAUUGUCAAUUACCUGCACGAGCACUUAUUAAGGCACUCGGAGGUUCGUUAAAACGGUAUCCUGCCGAUUAGACUUCAUUCCACUCGGCGUGGAACAACGUCUGAACACACCUACCUCCGUUCAGCGUCGUCUCCGCUUCUAUACUUACUACCUACCUACCUACCUACCUCUCUUUGUGGUGUGUCUCGAGAUACUCUUUCCGUCACGCUCGUCGCCGAGUCAAAAGGACGACGGUAUAAAAGAACGGAUGAAAUAUCGAGCUAAGGAAAUACCGAGGCGACACGCAAGACCGAUGCGAUACGCGUCCGUUGCCGUUCGUUCUUUCAGCGUUCUUUCGGUGAAUGGUGAUCGCGCGCGUCUCCGAAGAGAGAUCUCUUCCUUGAGAGAAGAAAACAAAACAGAGAUACGUCGCCGCUGAACGCGAGCGAAAGGAGACUCACUCGUCGAGGAAGAUUUAUCGUCUCCGCGAUUCGACGUCUCCGCUGAGAAGUCCGUCGCAUAGCCAGGUAUCUUGAAGAAAUGGGAUUGGUAGAACGAGAAUCCGAGAUGCAAGAAUUGAAUGCUCCUAGACCUGGAAGAUCGAGAGAUCUUUUCGGAGUACAAUUAGAGGUUACUUCGUUACUUUUGGAGGGUGAGCGUCGCAAAUUGGCAGUCUUGCAAAGAGAAUUGCAAGCAGCUCUUGAGGAAGGUGGAAGCGUAAAAGUGAAGGAGAAGCAGCGACAAGAAUUGCUGCAUGCUAUAUCGAAAAUUCAAGGACAACACGAACAACUCGACAAAGAAUACAGGAUUCACGCUGCCGGUGUUCUUCUAUGUAACUCAAGGGGCUCCGGAAAGGAGCUCUCAGGAAGCUUUAGUAAGCUCCGGUAAGCUGUUAUUAGACUCGGUACAUAAUAGACUGCUUGUCUCGCCUUUGUUCCGCUUUGCAUCGUUGGACCUUCAAACGACACUCAUGUCGUUUUAUUCCUUUCAUUAAAUAAUCUUAACGCAAGAAAUUCAUAAGGGCACCCUACAAAGUCGCUAAAUGUGCUCUUUUCUUAUUUAUUCGUGUCAAUAAUUGGAUUUUCUAGUGCAUUAACGUAAUUUCUUAAAAUGUAUUCAUGUUAACAUCGUUAUAAUUACGUUCUUUCUUGAGAGAAUGCUUCCGAACGCUAACA